AUGUCAACAGAUUCAGAAUAUUCAAGAACAUAUCUUGAAGGUUUACUUGGUUCAGAAGUUUCCAAAAUUUGUAAACAACUAGGUUUAAAAUCAUCAGGUGUCAAACCUCAUUUAAUUAAAACAAUUUUAAAUUUCCAAAACCCUGAUAAUUCUAAAACUAAAGUUACAAAAACAAAAUCAAAACCUACUACAACUAAAACACCAAAAACCAAAUCAACUACCACAACCACAACAAAUAAAAAAUCAAAAACUAAAAUAGCUUCAAAACCAGCACCAAAAGUUUCAAAACCAAAAGCUAAAUCAUCAAAGAAACCAGCAGCAGUUCAACCAACAACAACAACAACAACAACAACAACCGCAGCUACUACUACCACUACACCUGAAGCAGCACCAACAAUUACAAAUAAUUCAAUAACACCUGAAGUACCAUCAAGUGCAACCACAAGUGAAAGUGCACCACCAACAACAACAACAACAGCAUCAACUACUACUGCUAUUACACCAGAAAUUACAUCAUCAACAGCAACAGCAACAAAAGAAUUUAAACAUGAUGGUGAUCCAGAUAAUGAGGUUAUAUCACUUCGUAUGAAUCGUGAAGGAUGUAAUACUGGUGAGUUACAUGCAAGUUUAAUUUGGAAUGAUAUUGCAGAUUUAGAUUUACAUGUUAUAACACCAUCAGGUGAACAUUUAUAUUAUGGUCAUAAAGAAUCACGUUGUGGUGGUUGGUUAGAUAAGGAUAUGAAUGUAACAGUUUCUCAACAUUCUGAACAUCCUAUUGAAAAUAUAUUUUGGGCAUCAGCACCAUCUGGUAAGUAUAAAAUCUAUGUCAACCAUUUCAGAUGUCAUACUAGCAGUGACCCACGUUUCCAAUCGUCAACUAGAUCCGUUCCGUUCAGAGUCAGACUCAUUAAAGAGGGUGCCACCCAAUGGUUCCAAGGCACAGUUGCACCAAAUAAAAAUGUAACAUGUUUCGAAUUCAAUCUUAAAGGUAGUGGUGCUGUUGGUUCAUUCGUAGUUUUGCCACCAAAUAACGUUCCUUCAACAUUCAAAGAACUAUGUGAAAAGAAUAGAGUAUCCUAUUCCCAAGGCGAAGGUUAUUAUGCACUAAAAAAAAAAGAAGAAAUUAGUGAAAUCAAAGACAUGGUCUUACACAACACAAAAUCCGAUACCUUUAUCAUUGGCCACAACGAUGUUUGUCAAGCAUUAAAUCAACCAGCCAAUAAAAGAAUAACCCUAAAACCAACUGACCUCCCACCAGAUACCCGUUUAUUCGUUCAAUCCACUAGCCAUAAUCGUAAAAUACCUGCUGAUACUCAUGUUUUGAUGAAAGUUAGUGUAAAAGAAGCUUUAACAUUCCGUCAAAGUUCAAAAUAUAAUUUUAAAUAA